UAUUAUUUAGGUUUAAUUUCUAUUUCGUAUUUCCCACACCAGGUCCUGGCGUCAUCUACAUUCGACGUGAACCUUCUGUACAAACAUUUUUUCGUCCGUACGAUUCAACGUAGUACUACAGUCUACAUCAACGAUCAUGAAAUUGGUGAUCCCUGAGAUUUCUUGGCACAAUCGUGACCCAGUGCUUAGCGUCCAUUUUCAACCCGUCGCCGAAGACGGAUACUAUCGACUAGCUACUGGUGGAUCGGAUUCUCAUGUUUUUAUAUGGCGAAUCAAAGUAGAUGGUUCAAAUGUGACCGUGGAAUUUGCAGCUGAUCUGACCAAGCAUCAAAAGGCAGUAAAUACUGUUCGCUUUUCACCCAAUGGGCAAUGGUUAGCCACUGGUGAUGAUGAAUCUGUUAUUGUCUUGUGGAAAUUCAAACCUGAAAAUGGUCCUGAUCAACGUCCCGAUCUAUUAGAAGAUGAUGAAUCAAAAAAUCUUGAAAAGUGGGUUUGUCAUUGCGUGUUGAGAGGUCAUCUAGAAGACGUUUACGAUUUAUCUUGGUCUCCAGAUUCUAAACGACUUAUAUCUGGUGGAGUUGAUAAUAAAGCAAUUAUUUGGGAUGUUGACAAUGGACGCUAUAAAGCAAUACUUGACGAUCAUAAAGGAUUUGUACAAGGAGUUGCUUGGGAUCCUUUAAAUGUGUAUGCUGCUACACUAAGUAGUGACAGAACUCUAAGAGUGUUUAAUACAAAAAAUUGUAAAUUAUUCAAUAAAUGUGAUAAGUGUGUUCCUUUGGGGAAAAAAGGCGAUGGCGAUGAAAUAAAAAUUAGACUAUUCCAUGAUGAUACACUGAAAUCUUUUUUUCGACGCAUUUCAUUUUCACCUGAUGGUCAAAUUCUAGUAACUUCGUCCGGUAUCAUGGAGACAAUUAAUGAGGAAAACAAAAAUAAAAGCACCACUAAUGUCAGUUAUGUAUUUGCCAGAAAAUCAUUUACUAAGCCUGUGCUAUACAUACCAUCUCUUGACCAAUAUUCAGUUGCUGUUCAGUUUUCACCAGUUUUAUAUGAACUUAAAGAAGAUACAACAUCAAUAUUUGAUUUACCAUACCGAAUGAUUUAUGCUAUUGCAACAAAUUCAAGUAUUUUAUUGAUGGACACCCAACAUGCAGCUCCAUUUGCUUACAUUGGUGAUAUACAUUAUACUCGUUUGACGGACUUAUCAUGGUCUUCCGACGGACAGUUACUAAUAGUGUCUUCAUCAGAUGGAUUUUGUUCAAUUAUUUGUUUUACAAAAGAAGAAUUGGGAAUAAUGUACAAGAAUAACACAAAAGUUGAGCCAAUGGAAAUGGUAGAGUCAGUCGUCCAAGACUGUAAUGAAGAUAAAGAACUACCUAUUAUAGUAACUCCAUUGAAAAGAGAACAAAAACAUGAAGAAAAACAAAUUGUUGAUUGUACUGAAGCUCCUCCCACAAAGAAAAGAGUGCAAUUAGUCACACUUUCUAGUCCUAAAAAUAAUAAAUAUUUAAAUAAGUAAUGGUGUUUAUUUUUUUUUAUUUUUAUUUUUAUAUGAGAUUAAACAU